AUGGCAACUUAUGGUUGCAGUGUUUCAGAUAAUAUGAAACUGAUAUUUUCGAGAGGUAUGAGUGCAACAUCGGAUAACAUCUUGCCGCAGGAAGGAUCUCGAAAUGAGAUAGUCGAACGCGUUCUAUUUACUGGCGUUAACUGUGGGAUCAAUUUCGAUAAAUAUGAAAAAAUACCGGUUCUAGCAACAGGGAGUGAUGUGCCGUUUCCGUGUGCAGUGUUCGAUGAACUGCAAUUGCAUCCAUGGAUUCAGGAAAAUAUCAAAAAAUCAGGUUAUACGAAACCAACGCCGGUUCAAAAAUAUUCUAUUCCAAGUUUACUAAAUUGUCGUGAUCUAAUGUCUUGUGCACAGACUGGCUCAGGGAAAACUGCGGCUUUUCUAAUACCGGUUAUCAAUCACAUCAUUCAAAAUGAACCAACUGCAAUGAAAAUGUCACAUAUGAAUCGUCGUACGGUAUUCCCAGUUGCGCUAAUAUUAUUGCCAACUCGUGAACUAGCUAUGCAAACUCAUAAAGAAGCUUUAAAAUUCGCUUAUCGAACCAACGUUUUAUCUGCCGUACUUUAUGGUGGUCGUGAAAAUUACCGCGAUCAAGUGCAAAAAUUAAUGCUUGGAUGCCAUAUGCUUAUUGCUACACCGGGACGUCUAUUAGAUUUGAUGAAUCAGAAUGUCGUGUCUCUUCAUGAGUGUAGAUUUCUGAUACUUGAUGAAGCAGAUCGAAUGCUUGAUAUGGGCUUUGAACCGCAAAUUCGACAGAUUGUUGAGUAUCAUUCGAUGCCAGAAAAGGGUAAACGCGUCACAGCAUUGUUUUCUGCUACAUUUCCAAAAGAAAUUCAGGUAUUGGCGCAGGAUUUUCUUGUGCCAAAUUAUGUAUUUCUUUCCGUUGGACGCGUUGGUUCAACAUCUGAAAACAUUGUUCAAAAAGUUAUUUGGGUUGAGGAGCAUGACAAGAAGCGUUUGCUUAUGGAGCUUCUCGAUACUGAUGUAAAUAAAGGACUUACCCUAAUAUUUGUUGAAACGAAACGAGGUGCAAAUGAGUUAGCAUGGCAUCUUCAACGCAAUCACUACAAUGUUAUGCCCAUUCAUGGUGAUCUUAAGCAAUACGAAAGAGAACGUCAUUUGGAAAUGUUCAGAUCGGGGCAAACAAAUAUUUUAGUUGCAACAGCCGUGGCUGCUAGAGGUCUUGAUAUUCCAAACGUGAAUCAUGUGAUUAAUUUCAAUCUUCCCACUGACAUUGAUGAAUAUGUUCAUCGUAUUGGUCGUACAGGACGAGCUGGAAAUAUCGGAUUAGCAACUUCAUUCUUUACGGAUCGAAAUCGUAAUAUUAGUCACGAUUUGAUGGAUCUUUUGGUUGAAUCUAAUCAAGAAGUGCCAGAAUGGCUUGAGAAAAUGACUAAAGAAAAUUAUAAAAGCCCUUCCAAAUCUUACGAUAGAGCUCGUCCUAUAUCUGUUGCGCAAAAUCGGGUGGAAGAAUUGAACUCUUCUGCUUGGUGCAGUCAAACACCAAGCACUAUUCACGCGUCCUUCAGUCAUGGUGAUACUGGAAAUGCUUUUAUAAAUGAAGCCUCUACUAUUUUCCAAAGCAAUAUGUAUCAGAUUCCCCAGUCAAAUUGCAUUUAUCAACCACAUGGCAACACUUUUUCAUUCGUACCGUUUGCUCCAAUCAGUAGUAUUAAUUAUUGGCGUAGCACUGCUAAUACUUCACAGAGUGUGGGAUUUUUGCAACCUGAUGCCUCAGCUUAUGGCGAACCUUUCGGGGUUCAAACAUCACAGACAGCAUUCUGUAAUUGGCAUUUGUGA